ACCUUGCAGCCGGCUCUGAAGCGCCGGUUGAGAUCCAGGCUGGGGACUCUUGGGGGCCGGGUGGAGGGCAGGAUUUGUGCUGGAUGCGGCCCCUGCCUCCCCGGACCCCAAAGCUAGGACUUGACCACGCUGCAGCCCCAGUUCGGGCGCACCCGGGCUCUGUAGUCCAGCCCGGAGGCUCUGGACGAUUCUUGGGAAGAGAGGGAUGUAACAGCGCUUGAGGACCACCCCUUCCCCAUGGAGGACCCUGGUACACCAGAACAAAUGCAUCUUUUGUGGUUGGUUUCAUCUUACACGAGAGAAGUCCAGGGAUGAUAUAUUCUUGGGUUGUAUUUAUUCACCUCAGAAUUCAACCGCUUCAGUGCACAAACCCUGACUCUUUGCUUACUGGGACACACAUAACCUCAAUGAAUAUCUGCUGGACAGGUCCUUUCUGGUGACUUUUUGGCUUUUUUUUUUUUUUUUUUUUUUUUUUUUUUUUUUUUUUUUUGGUUUUUUUGUUUUUUUUUUUUUUUUUUUUUUUUUUUUUUUUCCAUGUGUAAGUUAGAGGACAAGUGAGCUGCUUUGGUGAAUAACUUGCUUCUUAGAACAUGGGCCCUCGUUUAAAGUUGCAGCUGUGAACCUCGGCUGUCUGUUGGCGUUGAAGAGACCUGAUGUUUUACGUUAUUGGUGGAAUCACAGUGUCUGUGGUUGCAUUCUUCUUCACAAUUAAGUUCCUCUUUGAGCUUGCCGCACGUGUAGUCAGCUUUCUUCAGAAUGAAGACCGUGAGCGCCGAGGGGACCGGACUAUUUAUGACUACGUGCGGGGAAAUUAUCUGGAUCCCCGGUCCUGCAAAGUGUCCUGGGAUUGGAAGGACCCCUAUGAGGUGGGCCACAGCAUGGCCUUCCGAGUGCAUUUGUUCUAUAAGAAUGGACAGCCUUUCCCUGCACAUCGGCCUGUGGGACUGCGAGUUCACAUCUCUCAUGUCGAACUAGCAGUGGAAAUUCCAGUGACCCAGGAAGUCCUCCAAGAGCCAAAUUCCAACGUGGUAAAGGUGGCCUUUACUGUGCGCAAGGCUGGGCGUUAUGAGAUUACCGUGAAGCUCGGUGGAUUAAAUGUGGCCUAUAGUCCCUACUACAAGAUUUUUCAGCCUGGAAUGGUGGUUCCUUCCAAGACCAAAAUUGUGUGCCAUUUUUCUACUCUUGUGUUGACCUGUGGUCAGCCACACACCCUGCAAAUAGUGCCCCGAGAUGAGUAUGACAACCCAACCAACAAUUCCAUGUCCCUGAGAGAUGAGCAGAACUACAGCUUGUCCAUUCAUGAGCUUGGUGCACAAGAAGAAGAGAAUAAUGAAGUCUCCUUUGAGAAGUCGGUGACAUCCAACAGGCAGACAUGCCAGGUGUUCCUGCGGCUCACCCUCCAUUCUCGAGGUUGCUUCCAUGCCUGCAUCUCAUACCAGAACCAACCCAUCAAUAAUGGCGAAUUUGACAUUAUUGUCCUCAGUGAGAACGAGAAGAGCAUUGUUGAACGCAAUGUGUCCACCUCAGGAGUGAGCAUCUACUUUGAGGCUUACCUUUACAGUCCCAACAACUACACAAGCACACCAUGGCACCUCCCUCCUAUGCACACGAGCUCCUCUCAGCGCCGGCCCUCCACCGCCAUUGAGGAGGACGAUGAAGACUCACCCUCAGAGUGCCAUACCCCUGAGAAGGUGAAGAAGCCCAAGAAGGUGUACUGCUAUGUGUCACCAAAGCAAUUCUCAGUGAAGGAAUUCUACCUGAAAAUCAUCCCCUGGCGCCUCUACACCUUCCGAGUGUGCCCUGGGACAAAGUUUUCAUAUCUUGGCCCUGACCCUGUUCACAAGCUCCUCACACUGGUGGUAGAUGAUGGCAUUCAGCCUCCUGUGGAGCUCAGCUGCAAGGAAAGGAACAUCCUAGCUGCCACUUUCAUCCGUUCCCUGCACAAGAACAUCGGGGGAUCUGAGACCUUUCAAGACAAGGUGAACUUUUUCCAACGAGAGCUUCGGCAGGUACAUAUGAAGAGACCUCAUUCCAAAGUCACCCUGAAGGUCAGCAGACACGCUUUGUUGGAAUCGUCUUUGAAGGCCACUAGGAACUUUUCCAUCUCAGAUUGGAGCAAGAACUUUGAAGUGGUUUUCCAGGAUGAAGAAGCUUUGGAUUGGGGAGGGCCUCGCCGGGAAUGGUUUGAGCUAAUCUGCAAAGCACUGUUUGAUACCACCAGUCAGCUCUUCACCCGGUUCAGUGACACCAACCAAGCACUAGUGCAUCCUAACCCUAACCGUCCGGCUCACCUGCGAUUGAAGAUGUAUGAAUUUGCAGGACGGCUGGUGGGCAAGUGUUUGUAUGAAUCCUCUCUAGGAGGAGCCUACAAGCAAUUGGUCCGUGCCCGUUUCACUCGGUCCUUCCUGGCUCAAAUCAUAGGACUUCGUAUGCAUUACAAGUACUUUGAAACAGAUGACCCAGAAUUCUACAAGUCCAAAGUUUGCUUUAUCCUCAACAAUGACAUGAGUGAGAUGGAGCUGGUCUUUGCAGAAGAAAAAUAUAACAAAUCAGGUCAACUGGAUAAGAUUGUAGAACUCAUGACAGGUGGAGCUCAGACCCCAGUCACCAAUGCAAAUAAAAUCUUCUAUUUAAACUUGCUAGCCCAGUAUCGGCUGGCCAGUCAAGUGAAAGAGGAGGUGGAGCAUUUCCUAAAAGGCUUGAAUGAGUUGGUUCCUGAGAACCUUUUGGCCAUUUUUGAUGAGAAUGAGCUUGAGCUGCUGAUGUGUGGGACUGGAGACAUCAGUGUGUCUGACUUCAAAGCCCAUGCUGUAGUGGUUGGUGGCUCCUGGCAUUUCAGAGAAAAGGUCAUGAGGUGGUUUUGGACUGUGGUUUCCAGUCUGACCCAGGAGGAAUUGGCCCGGCUACUUCAGUUCACAACAGGCUCCUCUCAGCUUCCGCCUGGAGGCUUUGCUGCCCUCUGUCCCUCAUUUCAGAUCAUCGCUGCUCCAACCCACAGCACUCUUCCCACAGCACACACAUGUUUUAACCAACUGUGCCUCCCUACAUAUGACUCAUAUGAAGAGGUGCACAGGAUGCUGCAGCUGGCCAUCAGUGAGGGUUGCGAGGGCUUUGGCAUGCUCUGACCACUCCUCUGUCACCUGCUUGGCUCCCACACUCUCUAGAACAUCUGGACACAUGUUAACAAGCGUAACCACUGACCUUAACACACAUAACCAUUAGCCAGAAGAUACUGCAUGCUCCCUCGUGUCUGGAGUAUUCUGUCGUCUGCAAGCAUUGUUCUUACCUCACCUCCUCUGUGUCCACAUUUACUACAGGCCUCUUGGGCACAUGGUACCUAUCUGAGCUCCACUCAGUCACGAGAAGAGGACCAUGCUGCUGUCAUUUCUUUUGGUCCUUUGAAGAUUUCUGUAGCUGGACCUGCCUCAGUGGCUGGGAGAGAUGGAUGACAUGGAGGACUCAAUUCUGUUGGAAAACUGGCAAGCUGAGAGACCCUUAAGCCAUGCCUUGUUCCAGCACCCUCUGCUCUUUGGAAAUACCCUCCUUGAUGUCACUACUGGUACAUGAUCCCUUCUCCUGGGCAACCCAUCACCUCUUCUCAUCAGUAGCCAGGAGAAGCACAGAUGGAAGGUGGCUCACAAAAGCCGUCUGAUUUGCUCUCCCAUGUAGUGGCUGCCAUAGACCAUUGUACUGAUGGGGACUGAUAGUACAAAAGGAUCUCUUUGUGGUGACAACUGGAAAAGACACUCCCUGAAGGCAUUUUUGAAGAUGAUCAUUAAUCUAUAAAGAAUGUGCUAAGCUUUCUCUUGAGUUUGAGCCAGUGAGGAAAGCAGUCAGAAGAAUGUGAAGGACGGCUGUGCUUCUCUCUGGGAAGGACCGUGUCCAGGCAUGUGGAUGGCUUGAAGACUACUGAUGCUCUUCUCUGAGCUUGUUGUUUCCACUGAAGGAUGACUUGGCCUGACCACCGACCUCCAACUUAUGCAGUCCAUUAAGAACUAUCUUUAGCAUUCUGGAGGAAUUUGGGAGCAAAGGACCGAAACAGUGAAUGUAGCUUGCCUGCUCCCUUUGGUGGUAGUCUCCUGGUAGCCCUGAGGCAGAACUGUCAUCACAGGUCCCGGGUCAGGCCAUUGGGGAUAGAUAUGGUGGAGAUUGAGCAGCAGUAAAUACCUAGCAAUUCCAGGUACUUGGCUUCAUCAGUUACCAGGAGGGAGGAAGCUAUAUUGGGUUCACCAUUAUGUGGUGAUUAAAGAGAACUUGACAGUCUCUUGGAAGGUGAUAGCAUCUCUUUUCGUUAGUGUUUGAGUGAAAAUGACAUUAAGGCUCAAGAUCACAUGGACUUCGAAGUUUCUGUCUUUAAAGAGGCUUUGCUAUAAGCCACCAUUUUUGAUGGGAUACUCAGAAUUUUACAAGCCAUCUUUAUUGCCAAAACCAGCAAGUAUGUGGAAUCCCGAGACAAGGUAGUUCUUAUGACAGUGCCUUGGCCUGGAAGCAUGUCUGAGCCCUCCUGUUUCCAGAGGAACAAGCCCUCCUGAGCUGCUAGAACUCCAGCCUGACCUCCUUCGCAGUCAUCGUUUGUCCUUUCUUGGCGUGGGUGCUGACCUCACUUAUCCUUGGGGUGUAAGACCUGGCACCAGGGCCUCUACACCCCAGGAUCCUCCAUGCCACAUGGUCACUGCUCUCCUCAGGGACCAGGACAAGGUGCUGCUGCUUGCCCACACUUUCCCAUGGAACAUGUACGAGAUAGUUUAGCCAUUACCCUGCUGCCUCUCAGGCCUCCAUUGGGGCUUCCAACUGGGGUACAUGGGCUGGCUUGGCUGUCUGGGGCAGUUUGUUCCUGUCCUGGAUUCUGCAGUCCUGGCUCCAGCACCCCUCUCAAGAUUACGUGGGGGUGAGGGGGGUCGAGUUUAUAUUCUUGGCUAGAUCUAUCCUUUUAAGCUCUAGUCAUAGCACUUUUUCAGAGUCUCCGAGGCACUGUUGCAGCCCAGCUGGGGCAGCUCUAUCCUAGGGUGGUCUUUAGGCACCAAAGUCUUUAACAAAAACCCCUUUAGUACUAUGUGAUUUUUCUAUUCCAGAUUACUCUCUCCUAACUAUUCAGAAGCAGUUUUGCUCUCUUUUGCAUUUUCUUUUACCUUUUUUGUCUAAUACUGCUUGGGCACUAGCCAGUCCAGUGGGGAAGACAUACAGAAUGUGGGAGAGAUAAAAGGAGAUGUUAUUUCCUGAGCAAUUUUCUAUUCAUAUCCCUUAUUUUGGCCAGUUCUUCUGUUAAUGCUUUGUGACAUAGGCACUUGGGAGGCCAGCUGCUCUCCUGGCUUUUGGCUUUUCAAUGUCCUUGAAGGAGACAAGUCAUGAAAUGAAAACCAAGAAGAGUGUCGGCGUGAUUUUAGAAACUUGGCAGAGACUGAGCUCUCUGCACAUUGUCAGGCAAGGUCUGGACGUCGGUAACUGGAGAUGUAAAUAGUUUGUACAGUAAAUAAAAUGCCUACAAGAAUCGAGA